AAGUCGGGGUCAUUAGAAUACACAUGCAGAUUCAAUUGGAGUGAUGAAGAAUCGAGCGUGGCAUGCAUGAAGAGCAGCGAAAGGAGCAGGUAUUGUACAUGACAUAAAGUGAACUUACCCUCUCUUUUAUCUGUACGCGGGGGACGUAAUUGUUCCCAGAUCAUAAACGUGAGAUGUAAUAUAUACUCACCAAAUAGAUAUACAUAUAGAGAGAGAAAGAGAGAGAUAUCCAGAGAGAGAAAGUACAAGUAAAAGAGUAAAACUAAUUAACCUCACGAGAGUGUAACACAAAGCAUUAAAUGAAAACCCUAGUCCACGAAUAAAGAAAAUAACUCUAUAUGUAGUUAAUCUGUAGCGUCUGGCCUAUAUAUAAAGAGAGAGAACACAAAUAGAACUUAUAUGCUGUUUCUCUUUUUCAUCAAGAACCAUGUCUCACAUAGCUGUGGAAAGGAACAGGAGAAGACAAAUGAAUGAACAUCUUAAGGUUUUGCGAUCCUUAACUCCAUGUUUCUACGUCAAACGAGGGGAUCAAGCAUCAAUUAUAGGUGGUGUGAUAGAAUUCAUCAAGGAGUUGCACCAAAUUGUUCAAUCUUUGGAAUCAAAAAAACGACGAAAGAGUAGUAGUCCAAGCCCUAGCACUGCACCUAGUCCAAAGCCCUUUCAAUUAAGUCCUAAACCAGACAGUCCAUUUGCAUUUAACACUGAUCAGUUCAAGGAAGUUGGGUCUUGUUGCAACUCUCCAAUUGCAGAUGUUGAAGCUAAGAUUUCAGGAUCCAACGUUAUCCUACGAACGAUAUCCCGGCGAAUCCCAGGGCAAAUCGUGAAGAUAAUCAAUGUGUUGGAGAAACUUUCUUUUGAAAUUCUUCAUUUGAACAUCAGUAGCAUGGAAGACACUGUCCUAUUCUCUUUUGUCAUAAAGAUUGGACUUGAAUGUCAAGUGAGUGUGGAGGAACUGGCCCUUGAAGUUCAACAAAGCUUCUGCUCUGAAGCAGUCUGUGUUUAAGGAGAUGAUGAAAAUCCAGUACAAGGGUUCUAAACUUUAUACAUUCUCCGGAGGAUGGCCACUGUUUUAUACAUAUAUAGACACGUAUACAUACUUGUGUGCGUGCGUCUGUCUGCGUGUUAAGAAAAACCCUAGAGAGGUUAAUCUGCGUCGGAUAAUAAAAGCACAAUGGCAAUGGAAUGAUAUUAUCCUUUUUGUAUGGCAAAAAAUGAUAAUAUAUGUUGUGUUGCACUUAGUGGAAUAAAUUAACCUCACCUUGUU